CACAGUUAAUAUAUCUAAAAAUUCAAAUCAUAUUUCAUUUACAUUUUUAUUACAAAAUUAUCGAGUAAGAAUGGUUUUCUUUUUCGCAAGUGACGUUGUUCAACCACCAGUGACAUUGUUUAUGGGAGUUGAUAAACAUGAAAAUGAAGAUCUAAUCAAAUGGGGUUGGCCAGAAGAUGUAUGGUUUCAUGUUGACAAGUUUUCUUCAGCACAUGUUUAUCUCAGAUUACAAUAUGGACAAACAAUUGAUGAUAUUCCUACCUCAGUAUUAGAAGAUGCAGCCCAAUUAGUCAAAGCAAACAGCAUUGAAGGUAAUAAAGUAAAUGACGUUGAUGUUGUAUAUACUAUGUGGUCAAAUCUCAAGAAAACCCAAGGUAUGGAUGUUGGUCAAGUAGGAUUUCACAAGGAAAAGGAAGUUAGGAAGAUUCAUGUUGCUAAGCGAUUGAAUACUGUUGUUAAUCGUUUAAACAAAACAAAGAGAUCUGAAGAAAUUAAUUUGAGAGCAGAAAGAGAGCAAAGGGAUAGACAAGAGAGAGAAGACAAGAAAAAACUCUUAAGAGAACAUAAAGAAAAAGAAAAAGCAGAAGAGAAAAGACGACAAGAGGAAGCUGAAAUGAGAAGCUACAAUUCUCUCUUCAAUUCUGCUAAAAUGACUACCAAUACAGAAAAUAAUGGUUAUGAUUCAGAUGAUUUUAUGUGAUGUCUAAUUAUUGUAUAAAAAACUGAUAUGUUAGGUUGUGAAUAAGAUACACUUACU